GGAUGGAAGGUACAUGUGAUUGCAAUGGAGCAGUAUCCCUCAUGGACAGCUACACACCUGGACAAAAACAAAGGAAGGUCCACAACACAGGGUUUGACAAUCAUGACACAUCAAAAUGGCGGAAAGUAUCUGGGUCUGUCAAGCCUGAGUCUGAUGCAUCAAAGUCUCAAAUCACUGGCAACAAGUCUAUUAGUACCCUCCCUGAGUGUGAGGUGAAACAGGACACACCCCUGAAAGACAUUUCCAUGACUUCCAUCCUCAAUUUUCAGAAAAGCAAUAUUGACACUUCUGGGCAGGAGCAACAGUCCAAUGAUACACAACAGCCACAAUCUAUUGAAGUGUUGACUCCUUCCCUGUGGCCUGGGCCUGUGUCUGUUCCUGUGCUCCAUGUUUCACUGAUUACUACUACCCAUGAUGCAAGCAACUCUCCAGAAGCUUCAUCCCAUGCAAACACAGCAGAUACAACCCCUCAAGACUGUUUUGAUCAUAGCAACAACACCAUCAACAUGAGCACUUGCAUUACUGAGGACACAGAGAUGCCUGUAGAAGUAACAGUUGCAGCCAUAGCCUCCUUGCCUGUUAUCAAGAACCCUCUGUACAUGCAGUGCGAAGCUUGCCAGCUGAAAACGCGAAUCUACUGUCCCCAAUCCUGUGGUGACUCCAUCCAACAUGCCAACCCCACUGUCCACACCCAUGCUGCCAUCCAAUGA